GUCAAUUCGAUCAAACAUGCUACACCGUUCGAGCUCACAAAUACUACGCCCUUCGAACGGACAAAUUCGAACCCAGUUAGAAUGGCUCGGACGGACGAACGAGCUCCGUCCGAGCCGAGCCUAGAUGUUGCUUUGUUGGUUUGACGUGAACGAGCAGCCACCAGACUCUGCGGGACAGGCGCCACAGGGUGGGAUGCUCCAGAGACUCGCGACGUUAGCUCGUCGCCACCAUCAUCGUCACCUGCAUCUCUGCCCUCACCAUGUGCUCAGAAGAACCCUCUGCGACCAAUCUCAAGCCGUCAAUGGCAUCGACCCCUCGCAACUCCUGCGCGUCUGCACGGUCCUGUAUCAGCAACGCGACGCUCCGGACGCCAAUCUCCAUUCUCACCUCCAAAAAUGCGAAUUCGACCUCACCCACGAGUUCUUCCUCCAGGUCUGCAACAAGUUCCUCUUCUCAUGGAAGCCUCCCUUCAGAUUCUUCAAAUUCACUCAGACCCACCACCCAUCGUUCGUCCAUACCACCACCACCUACAACAAGAUCGUGGACAUCUUGGGCAAGUCCAAAACCUUCCAUCUCCUCUGGGAAACGAUCACGGAAAUGGCACACAAGGGUCUGGUUAACGACAGAAGCUUUCAAAUUGCUGUGAAAUCUCUGGCUUCGUCGAGGGAGAUGAAAAAAUCGGUGGAGAUAUUCCACUUGAUGGACGCCAACAAUUUUCCUUACAGUCUGAAGACGCUAAACCGGGUGGUCGAGUCGCUGUGUGGAGCUAGGCUUGUGGAGGAGGCGUGGACGAUUGUUAAGAAGCUCAGGCAGUGCAUAAGACCCUCUGAGGUCACCUACAAGUUCUUGAUUGUUGGGUUUUGCAGAACCGGGAAUCUGGUUCAGGCCUCUAAGAUUUGGAACGUGAUGGUGGAUGAGGGGUUUGUGCCGGAGGUAGAAGCUUGCGAUGAAAUGAUCGAGACCUUCUUCAAGAACAACAAGGGCGUUGAAGCUGUGAAGCUGUUCAUGUCAAUGAGGGAGAAGAAACCCGAUUUGGGUCUCUCAACUUACAGAAUUUUGAUCACUUGGUUCUGUAAGCAGGAGAAGGUUGAACAGGCAUUCCACAUGUUUGAUGAAAUGAAUAAGAGAGGAAUCGCUGCAGAUAAUUGUAUCUAUGCUGCUCUGAUUUUUGGGCUUGGUAACAAGGGGAGGGUAAAGGAGGCGUACAAGAUGUUGGAAGGAGUUGAGAACCCUGAUGUUGGCGUUUACCAUGGGAUGAUCAAGGCAUUGGUGAAUCUGAAAAGGCCUGGGGAGGCCACUGAGGUGUUUAGGAGAAUGAUAUUAAGGGGCUGUGAGCCCACAAUGCACACAUACAUCAUGCUUCUGCAAGGGCAUCUGGGGAAGAAGGGGAGGAAAGGGCCACAUGCUUCUGUCAAUUUUGACACAGUCUUUGUUGGUGGUUUGGUAAAGAAGGGAAAGUCUUUGGAAGCCUGCAAGUAUCUGGAGAGGAUGAUAAACAGGGGAACUGAAGUCCCAAGAUUUGAUUUCAAUAAGUUUCUGUAUCUGUUUUCUGAUGAGGAAGGUAUUGAAAUGUUUGAGGAGAUUGGGAAGAGGUUAAGGGAGGUUGGUUUGAAUGAUCUUGCUGAUAUUUUUGUGAGGUAUGGAGAGACAAUGACAACCAGGGAUAGGAGGAGGAGGAGGAGGAUAGAAGCUGUGCCUCUGAGUUCUUGUUGAUGCAAUCCAAUAGUUCUGUUUGUUGUGUGGCGAAGUGAGUAGGCAACGUCAAGUCCCCGAGUGAUGGUUUUUCCUGGUGUCAUGUUCAGUUUUCUGGUAGAUCUGAUUGCAGCCGUAUGUGUAAAUGAUGUUGUGAAAGUUACAUAUUUAUAAAACCUUGUAUUCAAGGGAAAGAUACUCCAAAAGGGCCGAAGCUCCUUCACUUUUCUUCUCACCUUUGCAAUCCAAAGUUUGCCUCGAGACAUGAGUAAGAAGUGAUACACCAGUUAAUUA